AUGUCAAAGUGGGGGCACAAUCAUGAGGAGUGUUUCCAGGAGCGCGGCCCGACAGUCACAUUUUGCAACUUGCAUUACUGUGUCCGGGAGAGCAAUGGUGUCUGCCGCAAGAAAGGCCCGGAAAAAUACAUCCUUACUGAUGUGAGUGGCAUCAUGAGACCUGGGAUGAACGCUAUCAUGGGCCCAACAGGAAGUGGAAAAACAUCGCUUCUGGAUGUAAUUGCAGGGAGGAAGGAUCCUGCUGGACUGCGCCAGGGAAGCGUUUUAGUAGAUGGUAAAGUCGUUACCUCUGACCUCAGGCUCACUUCUGCCUAUGUGGUUCAGGAUGACAUCCUGAUGGGCACUUUGAGCGUGAGAGAGAACCUACUGUUCAGCGCUAAUCUCCGUCUCAACCCGCGGCAUCACUCCUCCUCAGACAAGCAGAGCAGAGUUGACGCCAUCAUACAAGACCUGGGGCUCACAGACUGUGCAGACACCAAGAUAGGGACAGAAUUUCUGCGUGGUGUGUCUGGGGGAGAGAGGAAGAGGUGCAGUAUUGGCAUGGAACUCAUUACCUCUCCCUCUCUGCUGUUUCUGGAUGAACCGACCACCGGACUGGACUCUAACACUGCUAACUGCAUCAUCAGUCUACUGCACAAGCUGUCGAGGAGAGGUAAGACUGUUAUCUUCUCCAUCCACCAACCUCGCUACUCCAUCUUCCGACAGUUUGACCAUCUGACUCUGAUGCAUAAAGGGGAGGUGGUGUAUGCAGGAAUGGCAGACAAGGCCUUGGAAUAUUUUACACAACUAGGCUACCAGAUUCAGUCCUUUGACAAUCCUGCUGAUUUCUUCCUGGACAUCACAAAUGGAGAGGCUAAGUCUACACUAGAGUCACUCAAUGCAGCAGAGGGUAAGAACCUGUUAGCAGUGAAGUACCGCCAGUCCCCUCUGCACCAGAAUAUGGUUGAGGAGAUGACCCAUGUGAGCCAGGCUGUUGGCGAAGGGGUCAAAGGUCAGGAAGAGACAGCUGAUUAUGCUACCUCCUUCUUCUACCAGAUGCGAGUGGUGUGUGGCAGGACGGUGCUGAACACUCUCAGAAACCCUCAGACCUCUUAUGCCCAGAUGGCUCUCAACAUUUUUUUUGCAAUUCUGGUGGGACUCAUUUAUUUCCAAAUGCCUCUAACACUGCCCGAGGCUUUACAGAACAGGAGUGGAGCGUUUUUCUUUCUUAUCAUCAACAUGGUAUUUGGGAAUCUCUCUGCCGUUGAACUCUUUAUCAAUGAGAGAGCAAUUUUCAUCCAUGAAAACUCUGGUGGCUACUACCGUACAUCUGUCUACUUCCUCUCCAAGAUCUUUGCUGAUCUCAUUCCCAACCGUAUCAUCCCUAUCUUUGUGUUCUCAGCCAUUGCCUACUAUAUGAUGGGUUUGAAGCCUGCGUUCACAGCCUUCCUGUGUUUUGCACUGACGAUGUCUCUGGUCAGUCUAGCUGGAGUGGGUUUGGCCUUCCUCGUCUCAGCUAGCGUAUCUUCUUUUGCCAUGGCUAACAUACUCAUCGCUCUGCCCUUUGUCUUCAUGAUGGUUUUUGGAGGGUAUCUAGUCAACCUCAAUGCCAUGCUGAGCUGGCUCUCCUGGCUGAAAUGGAUCAGUAUCUUCAGAUACGGACUGGAUGCUACGUUCAUCAAUGAGAUGACAGGACAACAGUUCCGCAGUGGUAACGUCUCCAUCCCAGGCGAGGUGUUCCUGAAACAACAGAACAUCGACUACUCUGUGUGGGGCUUCUGGCAGAACCAGGUGGCCCUGCUGGGAAUCAUACUUGUAUGCAUGUGUCUGGCUUACGUGCAGCUUCGACGAAUCAACCGCUGGAAAUAA